UUGAGCAAGUUAAAGUGUCUGCGUAUCUGCGGCGAAUAAAGAUGGCAACCAUUUGCGGAUCGUUUGCUCGUGCGAAGAAUGCAUUUACAUUAAAAUCAGGACGUUGCGUGACUGUUUUGAUAGACCAGAACAAUGUAUUAAAACAGGCUAACAGACACAACACAAAUACGUCACAUCAGUAUGCACUCAGAUACACCAACUCCCGACGUAAGGUAGCAUAUAUGCAGGAAUUGUAUCAUAGAAGAUUAGAAGUGGGACCAGAGAAGGAAAGACACCCAUCUGUUUAUGGCUGCUGGAGCCAUGAUUCAGAGAUUUAUGCAUUUUCACAAAGACUUGGUGAAAAAUUUGAUGAGAAAUUACUAAAGCAAGCAUUUGUUCAGAGCUCUUAUGUUGAACAAGAGAUUGAGAAGCAAAAGGACCUUGGUUUAGAUGUGGAGGUUGACAUUGAAGAUAACUUCGAACUAGCUCAAAAAGGUCAUUUACUGGCUAGUAGAUUUAUAAAGGCAUACCUGAGAUACUCAUUCCCACAGUUAUUUGAAGAAGGAAUAUGUGCUAUCCAUGACUACCUGAUGUCAGAUGAGACGUUGUUACAUGUAGGGUCCAAUCUAGGUCUGAGAGAAUUGAUGCAAACAGCUGAAUAUCCACCAGAGGAUCAUAAUUACAUCACAACAUUGCUAGCUGUCAUAGGGGCUCUGCUAGAAUCUCAGGGUGAGCAUGCAGCAGAGAUGUUUGUAUUGGAUUUUAUCGUACCGCAGUUAGUCGGGAGAGACAUAAAUGAACUGUGGAAUUUGAACAAUCCAAUGGGCCUAUUGGCAGCCAUGUUAAAGGAAGCUGGGAGGGGAGAGCCAGAGCCCAGAUUGUUGUGGUCAGCGUGCAGAAACACACUCAUGCCAUUACACCAUGUUGGCAUAUACAGUGAUAAAAAAUUAAUAGGAAAAUCUCCAGGAGAGACGAUGGUUAUAGCCGAGGAACUUGCAGCCAGAGAAGCUCUUAAAUCUUUAAUGAAAACGGAGGAUAGUCGAGCGCCUUUAGUGUUUGGGGAUAAAUCUAGAAAUCUAAAAUUAGACUAUAAUACCAAAAACAGAAGUGUUUCAGAAUUUGUCGGAUCAUGAUGAAACUUUACCAUAAGUUCCUGUGAAAUAAAUAAAAUAUAUAGAGGGUAGAUGUUACAGUUGAAGGGAGAAAACAUUUAUAUUGGUCUAUGUGAAAUGUUAACUUGGGUAUUUCACUGUUGCACAGCAUUUAUCCUGGCAAAUGUUUUCUGUGGCUGAACAAGUAAAUUUUGCCUGAA